AUUAAGAAAUAGAAAAGCACACACAAAGAAAAAAAAAUCAGAAAUUGGUUGAAAAAAAAAUCAGAAAUUGGUUGUUGUUGUUGUUGCCAGGUAUUGUUGAACUCGCUUAUUCAUAUCUUUAGGCUGAAGUUGAACCACAAAGUUUACUUUCCUCCCCAACAAUGCCUCUUCGAGUACUCCAAGCAGAAGUUACUUCACCCUCUAAUGAGUCACAUGCACCACCGCACCAAUCCGAAUCAUUGUUUUACAUCCUCGGAGGAAUAGUUGUGCUGGCCAUAGUGUUGAUUUUUUUGUAUGUAGUUCGCAAGCGAAUUAAACGGCCAGCACAGACGAUGACAGUUGCAACUAAUGAGCAGCAAGAGUUUGGGGGACACAAUGAAUCGGCAGAGGUGAUGAAGAUGAUAUUUUCAUCUAAUCAACACUCAGGAUCAAAGGAGUUCUUUAGUGGGAACCUUCGGACUAUUAGCUGCUUUGACUACCAGACAUUGAAGAAAGCAACCAGGAAUUUCCAUCCUGAUAACCUUCUUGGAAGUGGUGGAUUUGGACCUGUUUACCAGGGAAAGUUGGUAGAUGAAAGGCUAGUUGCUGUUAAGAAAUUGGCUCUAAACAAAUCCCAACAGGGAGAAAAAGAAUUUCUGGUAGAGGUGAGAACAAUCACUAGUAUCCAACACAAAAAUCUGGUUCGCCUUCUUGGAUGCUGCCUAGAUGGGCCUCAAAGGUUACUUGUCUAUGAAUACAUGAAGAACAGAAGUUUGGACCUCUUUAUACAUGGGAACAGUGAUCAAUUUCUGAAUUGGAGCACAAGGUUCCAAAUUAUUCUGGGAGUAGCGCGAGGACUACAAUACCUUCAUGAGGAUUCACACCCAAGAAUUGUUCACCGAGACAUCAAAGCAAGCAACAUUCUUCUUGAUGACAAGUUUCAUCCAAGGAUUGGAGACUUUGGGCUAGCUAGAUUUUUCCCUGAAGACCAAGCUUAUCUUAGCACACAGUUCGCUGGAACUUUAGGUUAUACAGCUCCUGAAUACGCUAUUAGAGGAGAGUUGUCAGAAAAGGCAGAUAUCUAUAGUUUUGGAGUUCUGGUGCUUGAAAUAAUAUGUUGCAGGAAAAACACAGAGCAUACUUUGCCAUCAGAAAUGCAGUACCUCCCAGAAUAUGCAUGGAAACUGUACGAGAAUGCAAGGAUAUUGGACAUUGUAGAUCCAAAGCUGAGACAACAUGGAUUCGUAGAAAAGGAUGUCAUGCAAGCAAUCCAUGUGGCUUUCUUAUGCCUGCAGCCUCAUGCACAUUUGAGGCCUCCCAUGUCAGAGAUCGUGGCAUUGCUGACAUUCAAAAUAGAAAUGGUUACAACACCAAUGAGGCCAGCCUUCCUCGAUCAAAGGCCGAGAGAGGAUGGUGAGAACCAUCCUUUGGAAGCAUUAUCCCAGGGUUUCACAUCUCCCAUUUAUGUAAAAGCAUCUGAUUGAAUUGGUGAGAUAAGGGGCCAUAAUCUUAAAGAAGAAAAAUUAAAGGAGUUUAAACAAUACUCAGCUAAGCCUUCCAAAAAAAACGAAUACUAUGCAAAGUGUAUAUUUCAUUUGCUUCAAAUUUCUCUAUAUGUGGGGUAUGAGCUCUUCAAAACUAAAUAUGGUAUACAACUGCAAUGAAUUUAACAGUA